AUGGAGACGAAUGGGCAUCACCAAGGUUGCGACUGCAAAGGAAGAAGCAUCAUUACGGUUCCCGAGGAUGGUGUUUUUACAUCGGCGGUGCCGCGGCCUGAUGUGUUGCUCAAGAUUCCACAUGAGCUAUUGGGGAUUACAGGGGCACAGCGGGGAUCAGGAAACUUCACAGUCGCCGACCCAAAUACUCAGUUGGUGCGAUCGUACGCGGCGAGAAUUGCCGAUCCCAACGACUUCGCUUCUGUAUGGGAGCACCGCAUCGUUCCACUGAUAAAGAGGCUACUCAAGGAGAGUUUCAAGGCCAAGGUGUCCACCUACCAAGAGAAAUUCCGCCAAAGUGUCCACAUAAUAAUCUUCAUUACCUUGAAACAACUGUUAAGCGGGGAGGAACAAGCGGAAAUUCGUGGCAAACUUAUGAACGGUAUUCCCGAAUCUUUCUCAGACAUAAAGGUCGAGUUUCUGACCGGGAACGUCGAGGAAAUUGGAUAUUGCCGCAUGAAGCUGCGUCAUGGGGAAGAAAGAGACGGGCUUGGUAUAGAGUUGAGCCUCUUGGAUAUGCCUUGCGACCCCAAUGAUACCGGUUCCCACGGACUCCUGAUCAGAGGGAUUUCUGCCGAGCCAGAAAAUAAAAUGUGCGCCUCGACACUUGGAAGCACUGCCUGCGAAGUUGAAUUGCACUUCUUUACCGUCACGUACCAUUCGUCCGAGAAUAAUGCCGCCGACAGCAGUGCAAGAGUUCCGUCAUGGGUCACGUCCGAAGUCCCAGGGCUCCAUUGUUCUGGCGACGACGACAAAAUCCACCGAGUUUGGACAGUCCGAAUAUGUGUGCCCCUGACAGGUGAAUAUUGGACGGAGGACCCCGGCUGCCAAUCGGAGGAAAAACUGGUCAUUGGCAGGGAAUGGCCAAGCGGUCCAGAUGCUCGUAUCACGCAGCGAUCAAAUCACGCCGUCGUUGGCGGUUGUGUCUGCGCACGAGACAUCGAUGGCGGGUCGAAUGAGGGGGUUCGAUAUAUGUUUGCAGAUGUGAAGGAGGCAAUUGGGAAAGAAUUGACCUUGCCAACAUAUAUUGCAGGCCAGGGAAAGUUUGGGUCGGGCCAGCGCUCGUUCCUUGACUACGCCGAAAAGGGUGGACACGGUGACCCUUGGAAUGUAUUCUCUGUCGGGAUGUCGAGAGAGGAAAGACUCCGUGGAUCUGGUUUGGUGUAUGGCGCAAUGCGAGGGACUUAUCCGCCAGCUGUUGUAACUUCGCGCCAGUCUGCGAAAUAUGACGAGGAUCAGUGGACUGCGAUGUCUGUUUAUGCAUCCACCGCCUGCGGUUUGUUGCAUCGCGUCAGCCCGUCAUCUGAUUCGGCUCCGCCGACAACCCCAUCACUCCUCUACUGCUCGACGGCUUCAACCAGUGCUCUAGAGGAGGAGAUGGGGAGGCAGAAAGCGUACCCGAUGGCAGUUGGCUUGCCGGCUGGCGCGGAGACUUCGUCUUUAUUUAACUUCGAUUUCCUUGAGUAA